UAAACAACAAACACCCAGACAAGAACAAAAGACGCGGCAUUUUGUAGCAGUAGUUACUCUUCAAGCAUCACUCACUGAAUCGAUACCAUCAUCAUUCACUGAUCGAUAACCAUGGAGUGGGUAGUACGAGCAAAAGCAGACAACGAGAUCUACGCUCCUAACGAAUGUCCAGAUUAUACUGACCCCGACAUGUUCACCAUUAAACUAUUCUAUGGUGGGGUUUUUAGAGAGAAUCCAAAACGAUAUGUUGGAGGCACUUUUAGUUAUGUAGAUUGCUGUGAUGUCGACAAAGUUAGUAUACUUGAGAUAACUGGCAUGUUGAGGGACUGUGGUGUUUUUGGUUUUUCUGAACUUUACUACAAGCUACCACUGAGUGACUUUGAGAAGGGGUUAUAUCACUUAAGUAAUGAUGCAAAAAUUGUGGAGAUGGCUGAGAUUGUAGGUUUUAGGCCACCAAAGCUGGUGUACAUAUUCUCUGUGACACAAACACCUCUAGUAAGUUGCACACCUGAUGGAGAGCUCACACAAGAAUUCCACCCUUCACAGGAAUUUAACUUUGACUCCCAGUUUGAAGAGUUUGCUAUUCAGGUUUAUGAGGGUGCUAAGAGUUUUGAGGGUGGGGCUGAUUUUAGUUUUGAGGGUGGGGCUGAUAAGAGUUUUGAGGAUGGGGCUGAUAAGAGUUUUGAGGAUGGGGCUGGUAACAUUGGGGAGGGGGCUGGUAAUGAUGUUGAUGAUGGGGCUGCUAAUGAUGUUGAUGAGGGGGGUGGUAAUGAUGCUGAUAAGAAUGUUCAGGAGGGGGGUGAUAAGGAUGCUGAUGAGAAUGUUGAGGAGGUUAUUAAUGAGGAUGGAUAUUCUGAUUCUGAUGAUUCAGACUAUGAAGCUGUGGAAGAAGAUAGUGACACUGAGGACUCAUUCUUUUCAGAUGGGUCUAAUGUGGAUAGUACUGAUGAUGAGGUUUGCAACCACAAUGAAACAAGACAAAAAAGGGCCACAGAAAAAGAGAAUAAGAGUGUUAAGGCAAAGGGGAAAGGGAUAGCUAAUGAAAAGUCCAACAAAGAAAAGACAGAUAAGGGGAAGAAAGUUGCUUCUACAAAGACCAAAGAUAAGUCACCCAGUGUGGAAAAUGCAGAUGAGCAUUAUGAGUACUCAUCUGAUGAAACAAAGUAUGCAGGGAGUGAGGAUGAAAGGAUGGCCUCCAAUACAACAGAUGAAGAAGAGGAUAGCUAUAAUGUCUUUGAUGUGGGUGAGAUGAGCCAUCCAAAGUUUGAGUUGGGUCAGUUAUUUCCAACUGUUCAGCUUUUUAGAGAUGCUGUGAGAAAACAAGCAAUAAUAGAAAGAAGGCCAAUCAAACAGUGCAGAAACUAUGGGACAAGGGCUAAAUUUGUUUGUGAGGGUGAAGGCUGUGAGUGGAGUAUUUACUGCUCUAGGAUGAAGAACUCAGACACCUUUCAAAUAAAGUCAUACCAUAGCACACACACUUGUUUGCAGACUUUUCAUCAAAAACAGAUUAACAGCAGGUGGAUUGCCAAGCACUAUGAAAAUGAGCUAAGAAUGAAUCCCACAUGGCCUCUUUCUGCAUUUCAUAAAAAGGUUGUAAAUGACUGGAAUUGCCAUGUUAGUAUACAUGCAAUUGGUAGAGCAAAAAGAAAGGCUUUGGAGAAGAUAAAUGGGAGUCAUGCAGAGCAAUAUAGUAAGUUAUGGGACUAUGCUUCUGAACUGAGGAAAGCAAUGCCUGGAAGUACAGUGCUUGUGAUGACUGAAGAUGGGGAUCCUGAUGAAAGGAAGAAAUUUAAGAGGUUUUACACCUGUUUUGGUCCAAUCAAGCAAGGGUUUAAGAGUGGUUGCAGGCCUUUAGUGGGCCUAGAUGGGUGCCACCUUAAAGGACCCUUUGGAGGACAGUUGCUAACAGCAGUAGGUUCAGAUGCUAAUGAUGGGAUGUAUCCCAUAGCAUGGGCUGUUGUGGAGGCAGAAAACUCAGACAGCUGGAAUUGGUUUCUACAACAAAUAGUUGAGGACUUGGGGAUUGACAAUUCAGGGAGCUGGACAUUCAUAAGUGACAGACAGAAGGGGUUGAUAAAUGCCCUUGAAGCAAUUGUUCCAGGUGCUGAACACAGAUUUUGUGUCAUGCACCUCUACAAGAACAUGUGGAAGGAGUUCAAGGGGAUUGGAGUUAGGCAGUGCUUGUGGGCUGCAGCAAGGUCCACAACUGACUACAUGUUUAACAAACAUAUGGAAGAACUAAAGAAGUUAUCAAAAAAAUGCUAUGAUUGGUUGAUGGAGAAACCAAGGUCCCAAUGGAGUAGAAGUUCUUUUAGAUUCAUCUGCAAAUCAGAUCAAUUUGUCAACAAUCAAUGUGAGGUAUUUAACAGCAGCAUCAAGAAGUACAGGGAUCUGCCAAUAAUAAGCAUGUUGAAGGGGAUACACAUUGAUGUCAUGUCUAGGAUACAAAAAAGGAGGAAUAAAAUGCAAGCAAGUUAUGCAUUGAAUCCCAUAUGCCCCAAUGCAAUGAGAAGGCUGAACAAGGCAAUUGAAGCAAGUAAAGGCUGCCAUGUAGUAUGGUCUGGAGGUUCUAAGUACCUAGUGACUGUGACAGAGGGAGGUUUUGAAAUGGUGGUGGACUUGGAUGCCCAGAGGUGUGCCUGCAAGAAAUGGGAGUUGUCAGGGAUCCCAUGUUACCAUGCAUGUGCAUGCAUUGCAUGGGCAAAAAAGAGGUUUGAGCCCUACAUACACAAAAGCUAUACUAAAGAUGUUUUUUUAGAAUGCUACAGCUACAUCAUUGAGCCCAUAUGUGGGGAAUCAGAGUGGGCUCCCACAAAUUUUCCAAGGCCACUACCUCCUACAAUUAAAGCACAAACUGGUAGGCCCAAGAAAAAAAGAAACAAGACAAGUGAUGUCCCUCAAGUUGGAGCCACAAAACUUACUAGGAAAAACAGUUACUUGAGGUGCACAUACUGUUUGGAGGCUAAUCAUAACACAAGAACAUGCCAAGCAAGGGUAAGAUAGGCUGUAUCUACAUGCUAAUGUUUAGUGGUUGUAUCUACAUGCUAAUGUUUAUUUACUUUUAAACAGGCCUCAGAUAGAGCUAAAGGGUGUGAGAAACAAGUGAAGGUGAGGGUUAAGAAGGCAAAAGCACCCAAGGAACCGACAUCAGAAGCAGUUGAAGAUGGAGCAAGGGAAGAGGGUGCUGCAGGAGAAGAUGGACCCAGGGAAGAGGGUGCUGCAACCAACUUGCAGGAAGGGGCCACCAACAAAUCAGCUCCAAAGCAAAAAAGGCCUACAUCCAAAACUCCUGCAAUGGGAGAUGCCAGUCAAGGUGGCAUUUUCACAAAGAAAAAGAAGACAACAUCUGCAAAGAACACAGUACAUGGCAUAGAAGCAGAGGAUUUUGGAGAUGGCAGGAGUGCCCCUGUCACCAGUCUGAGGAAACUAGAGGUAGCAAGAAAGGCAAAGCAGGACAAUAGGAAGAAAUUUGCUCAGGCUGCUGCUUGGAAAAUUUAAGAUAGUAAACUAUGGAUUUUGUGGUUUGCUGCUUAAUUUACUUUUGUGGUGUAAUGUAUGGAUUUUGUGGUGUAAUGUAUGGAU